GUUUAGAAUAAAACUAGAAUAAACAAAAACAGAAUUGAUUUAAGUAAUAUAAAAAAUAAACAGAUUUGACUUUUAAACAUCAUGUAUAAUUCUCCCUACAUAGUUCCCUUUCUAUUUUUAUACUCGGAAUUAGGAACCAAAUGCAUCGGAAUUACGAUUUUUAAAUCGGAAUAAGGUACCUCGGACUUUUUUAUAUUUUUAUUUAUUUUAUCAGCUUCAAUAACCUUCUACUGACAAACUGCAAAUAUUUUUCAAAAAUUUGAUAGCUAACACUUCUGAUAAAAAUAUAAAAUUGUACACAAAGGUCCGAUAAAUACUUAAUUUAUAAUGUUCUUUCGUGUUAUGUUAAAAACAGCGCGGAAUUAGGUGCCUUUACCUUAUAUAGAUAACAUUUUAAUCGUUUAAAAAUAUUCAUAUCUUGAAGAUAAAGUGGUCCGGCCUGUUCGCGUGUUGAUGUUCAAAACAGUUAUGAAGGACAACUGAUGUUUAGUGGAAUUUCAAUUUUUUAAUUAUUGAAAUUAGUGUUGAAUAAAUUAGACCUUAUUUCCAUUGUAUUUGGGUAUCAGUGUGUUAAUCAAAAGGAGUAAAUAGUAACAAUGGCAGCAAGGAAUUUAUCAAGAACAGCCCAUAGGCUGUUAACAUCAAGAAGUAUUUCUUUGAGUAGCAGAAAAUAUAGUAGUGUAUGGACAGCUGACAAUGUUGUCAAAUCACCUCAUAGAGAUAUAGAAAUACCAAACAGACUAGUCACUGAACAUAUUUGGGAGGCUGUGGAACGAUGGCCGGAUAAGACUGCACUUGUGUGUGCAACAACAAACAGAUCAUACACGUUCCAUGACUUGUACAAAUACUCAAGGAAUUUUGCCGCAAAAUUGCGGACACAGAUAAAAAUAAGAGAUGGAGAUACCGUGUGUUUAAUGAUGUCGAAUUAUCCUGAGUAUGCCAUCGCUCUACUAGGAGCAUUGGAAGCCGGAGCUGAAGUCACCACUGCCAACCCUAUUUAUACUCCAUAUGAAGUGGAACGUCAAAUAAAGCAAGCAGAGCCAAAAGUUCUGGUAGGAGUUCCAGAGACUGUACCGGUUUUAAAGGAAGCUUUGCGAUUAACUAAGAAAGAUAUACCGAUCAUUGUUUUAAGAAACCCUGAUGGUGCUCUUCCAGAUAAUACUAUUUCAUUCCAGGAAUGGUUUUUAGCUGAAAAUGUUGAUCAUAGUGUGCUUAAAGAUGUUUCUAGGACGCCUGAAGAUGUUGCGUUAUUACCAUAUUCUAGUGGUACAACUGGUCUUCCAAAAGGCGUUGAACUGACCAAUAGAAAUCUCGUUGCUAAUUUUGUGCAACAAGACGUUGACACUAUGCGUGUCCAUCAAGAAACAACUAAGACUCAUCAGGAUGUAACUUUAGGACUGUUACCCUUUUACCAUAGCUAUGGUCUUUCAGUGAUUUUAUUGCAUAAGUUGUCAGCGGGAUUGAAAAAUGUGACACUAUCUAAGUUCCAGCCAAAUACUUUCAUUGAUACGAUGAAAAACCACAAAAUAAAUUUGUUAUGUGCAGCCCCUCCCUUAGUAUUAUUUCUUGGUUCACAUCCUGGGGUAACAGCGGAUCAUUUAACAUCACUAAAGACUAUAACUUGCGGAGCUGCACCACUACCAAGAACAGACGUCACAAGAAUUUUAGACAAAGUCAAGCAUGAAAUGGACUUCUUGCAAUUAUACGGUUUGACAGAAGUAGGACCCCUAGCUACAUGCAUGCCUCCAGGCUCUAAAGACUACUCAAAGGCUGGAUGUGGCAUAUCUAACACCGAAUUAAGGAUCGUAGAUCAAGAUCAACGUGUGCUGGGACCAAAUCAGUUGGGUGAACUCCAUAUUCGUGGUCCUCAAGUUAUGAAAGGCUAUAGAAAUAACCCAGAAGCUACAAAAGCAGUUAUUACAGAAGAUGGCUGGUUCAAAACUGGAGAUCUCGGAAGUCUUGAUGAAAAUGGGGCAGUCACUAUUAGUGAUCGACUUAAAGAACUUAUUAAGGUAAAAGGAUAUCAGGUACCACCAGCAGAAUUAGAAAACGUAUUAAAAGAACAUCCAGACGUACUUGACGCUGCAGUCCUUGGUAUACCAGAUUCAAGACUUGGUGAAGUUCCUAAAGCUUUUGUAGUGCUAAAAGAUGGAGUUAAAGUAGAAGCCAAUGAAGUGACGUCAUUUGUUUCGGAGAGAGUAGCUGAAUAUAAAAGAAUAAGAGAUGUCGUCUUCUUAGAUGCCUUACCAAAGAAUCCUUCUGGAAAGCUUUUGAAACGAGUUUUAAGGGAACAGUAUUGUUAGAUUUUUGUUAGGGUGCGUGUACAUCUGACGAAUGCUCCGCGAAUGCGCCGCGCCGCGAUUCACCCUCGAGCUGCGCGUGUGCUUAUAAAUUGAUUAUUAUGUAUAUAAACAAUCUAUGAGUUGAGCACCAAAUCAUAGCCGUGAUUGCGUCGCGGCGCAUUCGCCAUAUGUGGACGCACCCUUAGGUUAAGUAAUAUUCAAUGCAUGAGAAAAUAUGUGAAAGAUUUUUUUAAUAAUUUUGUUAUAACCUGAUUUUGUAUUAUAAUACUAGCUGACCCGGCAAACUUCGU